AUGAGGCUUAGGGUGGGAACCACCUGGGUGGAUAACACCGUGAUCGGCGCCAAGUGGGAUUUCCCAUACAACAUAGAAGCUACCCGUGGGUACUCGUAUCACUUCACCAUGCCUCUCGACGAGCUAUACCAUACUGCGCACAACGCCGGCAACACCACAGUCGUACUAAUCCAUGGCGCCUUGGUAUCUGGUCUCUACUGGGAUCUGGUGAUCCCCCACCUCCCCACAUCUUACCACCUCCUAGUCCCAGACCUUCCAGGCCAUGGCAAAUCGCAAUCGAUCACACCGUUUUCCGUGGAGCUCGCCUCCUGCAUGAUAGCCCAGCUAAUCCGCAUGCACGCCAUCAACGGUUCAGCCCACAUAGUCGGCCACAGUCUAGGUGCUCAGGUCGCCAUGCGUCUAGCCUCCACAGACCCGGACGUGGUCAACUCCAUCUUCAUCUCGGGCUUUGGAAUGUUUCCUCGGACAUCAAUCACACCGUAUAUUCCAUACGCAGCAUGGGCGAUGCCGCGUGUGGAGAACUGUCUUGCCCGCCCUCUGAUCAGCUGGGCAAUGGAUGGUGCCGAUAUCCCACGUAUUGAUACUAGUGUCUGCACACUUGACUUGUGUCGGCAGAUCGUAUCACCGGUGACACCCACAGAGUGGCCGUCGCCAUGGCCUGCGCGCACCCUCAUUGUUGCAGCAGGCAAAGGCGGACUAGUCCCUACUAAGGAUAGCUUGCAUGAUGCCGUGAAGUUGAUGGAGAUCGGGAGAGAGAGGAAUGGAGAGACUGUCGCUUAUACGCACUUGAGUAUGCGACAUCCGUGGAACCGCCAGGCUCCGAGGCUGUUUGCGGAGACUGCUGAGGCGUGGUUCGAGCAUAAGGAGCUACCCAAGGGCUUUGUAAAGCUUUAG